AUGCGUCUUUUACCUGUUCUCCUGCUCUACGGCUCCCUUAUCCCCUCCAUUUCCGCCAUUCCCGCCGCUUCCAGUAUCGCCCCGGAUCUUCAACCCCAACCCCAGCCCGGCCGCCUCCUUACUCACUCCGAUCCACGACGUCCUUGGACCCGACUUCGAGACUGGGUGAUUGAAUCUGUUUGGGGAACUGGGCGCUGCUCCUCUCACAAAAACACAGGUCCGCCACGCAAUGUACGAGAGCGAUAUGAGAACGAUGUAGUUCUCCGCUUUCACUUGCGUCAUCCCGAAGAGGCAGAAGCAUUGGCCGAGGCAUCACAGGCUUUGGUGCUAGACAUCUGGGAUAUUACGGCGCAAUAUGUCGAUAUACGUCUAGCUGAUGACAUGGUCCCCUCCUUACUCGACUUGCUCCCUCCCUCGCUCCGAACGGCCCACUCUCCCCUCAUGGAUGAUCUGGUUGAGAUGAUCUAUGCAACUUAUCCGAGACAACACCUCACCAGCUGGAAGACAGAGCAUGGAUCUGCGGCCCGUGAGAAACCCUCGACAGUUGAUGAUGUCUUUUUCCGUGACUACCAGCCGCUUUCGGUUAUUACUCAAUGGAUGCGAUUGAUGUCCUCCAUGUUCUCUUCCCAUGUCCGAUUUACUAGCAUCGGACUCUCUUACGAAGGCCGGGAAAUUCCGGCGCUACGACUGGGGAAUGCGAGAUUCCCCACCUCCGAACCGCGCAAGACAAUCGUUAUUGUCGGUGGCCUACAUGCCCGAGAAUGGAUCAGCACUUCGACAGUGACUUAUGUGGCUUAUAGUCUGAUCACUCAAUACGGCCAGUCCCACGCGGUCACUCAUCUUCUAGAUGAGUAUGACUGGGUAUUUGUUCCAACCCUGAACCCAGACGGAUAUGUUUAUUCAUGGGAGUCGGAUCGCCUCUGGCGCAAGAACAGACAACCCACUGGUCUUCCAUUCUGCCCGGGAGUUGACCUGGACCGCGCGUGGGAUUUUGAAUGGGAUGGUGAAUCAACCCGUUCUAACCCAUGCUCAGAGAAUUACGCUGGGUCAGAGCCCUUCGAGGCUCUGGAAUCCUACCGACUUGCUCGAUGGGCUAUAAAUGAGACCGAGAGUGGGCGCUCAAAAAUUGUGGGAUUCCUAGAUCUCCACUCAUAUUCCCAGCAGAUCCUAUAUCCUUAUUCCUAUACUUGUUCCUCGGUGCCUCCAACUCUCGAAAGUCUUGAGGAGCUGGCCUUGGGUCUUGCUAAAGCUAUCCGACAUUCAUCUGGGGAGCCCUAUGAUGUGACCUCUGCCUGUGAAGGCGUUCUGUCUUCAGGCUCAGCAAAUACCGUCACAUCAGGUGGUAGCGCACUGGAUUGGUUUUACCAUAACCUCCAUGCCAGAUACUCUUACCAGAUCAAAUUGCGUGAUCGUGGAAGCUACGGGUUCCUCUUGCCUUCAGAGCACAUUGUUCCCACGGGAGAAGAGAUCUUCCACGCUCUUCUAACAUUUGGAAAAUUUGUUUGGGGUGAAGAUAUGCCGUUUUCUAAUACAGAAUUCGACUUUGAGACCACACCCGAUCAACAACCAUUGACCUAA